UAUGUUAUAUUCCAGGCUAAAUGGUCUCGCAAGCGUUACUUUAUGCUGCUCACGUGUUACCCGUUGCGAUCGUGUGGCUAGUCUGUGUGACAGGUUUUCUUCCUUUAAUGGAAUAUGGCCCAGACUGUUUCCGUCAUCUAGUGUUGUAUGCUCCAAUCUAUGCUGUUCUUCUGCUCGGAGUGUAUGCGCUAACAUCAGUGGUUCAUGGCGUUAUGACAUUCAACGACUGUCGAGAUGCUAAGGAAGAGCUGGUGCGGGAAAUUAAAGAAGCUCGAGAAGACUUGAAGAAGAAAAAGAUUAUAUAGUUUUAUGGAAGCGUGAUCUCGUUAUACAUUCUAUGUUAUUUUGUUUUGUAAGGCAGCCUUGGCUGCCAAACCUUUGCUUGAUUUCGGGCUUGACUUGCUGUGAUUUUUUUCACAUUUUUCAUAACUUAUAAACAUUAUGUAUUUGUUACAGACCAUAUGUCUUGGUUCCACUGCUCUCUGUCAUUUGUUGCAUGUUGCGCAUAUGUUUAGAAGAAGUAAAUAAGUCUAAAUAUCGU